AUGAAGUGCUUGAAUCUUGGAUUCCUGAUGGUUCUGUUGGUGGUGUUCCUGGUGGCCCACGAAGCAGAAGCCGAUUGCCUUUCUGGGAGAUAUAAGGGUCCUUGCGCUGUCUGGGACAAUGAAACCUGUCGACGAGUUUGCAAGGAAGAAGGACGCACCAGUGGACACUGCAGCCCAAGCCUGAAAUGUUGGUGUGAAGGAUGUUGAGACAUCUAUUGCAUCCUAUAAGGCAGAUGAGGCCUUCCCAAGUCAAUAAAUUGACGAUCUUUUGGAAUAAAAUUUAAAAAAAAUAUGUUUUUAAAAAGGAAGCAAAAUAAAUGCAUCUACCUGCUCAAA